AGUAAUAAUUUACCCAAACGAAGGCGGCUAAAAGAGUAAAAGGUAAAAUUGAAGCCCGCGCAUCAAUUUCACUUCAUCAAAAAGUGAAACCUAUCUUUCUCAUUCAAUUCAUCAUCAGGAAUAAAAAAGUUAAACCUCCAUCAAACAUCCAUAGAAAAAUCUUCAUCAACCGCUUACUCCACCGCCGCUCCACGUCUAUCUGCAGUACCGGCGUACCUCACUUGUCUGCUGAGCCACCUGCUGUAAAUUGAGGUUGAUGUCAAAAAAGAGAAAGCAAGCAAGUGCUAAUGAGGCCUCUGAAACUGGCGAGGCUGAAGAAUCUGCUGAGUGUGAGAAUCGAAAGGGUCGUACAGUAGCUGCAGUAGUUGGAAAAGCAAUUCUGAGUGGUGUCAAAAUCCCGUUGGAAUGGAAUCACAAUAAAGUGCCAGUUGGGGAAAAUAGAGAUAUUUUUUCAUCAUACAUUGGUGUAGUUGUUCGUGAAAAAGUGAAUAUCAAUCAUCGCGACUGGGAGGAAGUUCCGAAAGAAGUUAUUGAUGACCUCUUUAAAUUCAUUACGAGAGGAUUUAUAGUGCCGGAAGAACGUAGAAAUUAUGUAUUAGGGAGAGCUUCAAUCCGAUGGAGAGCUUUCAAGGCCAGAUUAAGAAAGGAUUGGAUGUACGACACCAAGGGAGUAAAUCCAAAUGUGAUUAUAAAGAAUCCACCUUCGAUAUAUCCAUUUAUAACACAAGCUGAUUGGACCAAGUUCAUUGAAACAUAUACUGAUGAUGCGUUUAAGGCUGCUGAACUUCAGAAACAAGGAGUGCAAGUUAGAGACGUGCCUCGACAUUUGGUUUGGAUAAGAGCUCAUUCCAGACAAAAAGAUGGUGCAAUGACCUUUGACAAUCCUGCUGAUUUUGAAAUAGCUCAAACAAUUAAAGCAUUGGAGGCUCAACAAAUCCAAGGAGAAAUUGAGGCCACUGGCCGAAAUGAUAUCCUAGCGAGAGCAUUAAAGAAUCCUGAACAUGGUGGUUGUGUUAGGGGCGUUGGGUCGGGUUUUACAAAUAAGCUGUACUUUGGCUACUACAAACCAUUACCACAAAGUCAAUUGCAAUCAGAUCUCAAGUGUCUCAAAUCAAAAUUAGAAAAUGUGGUUAACACACAAAAUUUGUUGUUGUCUUACUUAAUGUCAAGUGGUCAGGUUAACACGGAGCAAUUGAAAGAACUUAGUGAUUCAAAUGGAAACCAAGUUGCCCAUCAGUUAGCGGGUAUCCAAGCUGGUGGAUCUGGUGGCCAAGGUUUAGAUGGCCUUGGCUUGGCUCGUGACAGUUGGCUUCAAGGUCUUAGCUUCUAACUUGCCUCGGAGCAAAACAAAGUUACCCAUCAGUUAGCAAGUGUCCAAAAGGGUGGUUCUGAUGGUGAAGAGUUAGAUGAUCAUUUAGAUGUCUUUGGCUCCAAAGGUGACCAAGGGGUUCAAGGUUUCAACUUCCAAGAGCAGAAUUUUCAAGCAUGUGAGGUUCAACCCGAGCCAUACCAUGUUGCGUGGCCUAAGGAGGAAUAUGUGCUAGAAAAUGAGAAUUUGGAAACGCAUGUACUCAAUAAUGAACAAGACAUUACUGGCCAACCAUUUCCAAAGGGAGUUGAUAGUCUUUGUUCCUUGGCAAUUAAGAGUGACAAAGGGGUCGAUAUAGUUGCUAUUGGAGAAGUGUAUGUUGGGAUGGAAGGAGAAGUUGUCAAGCAUCAUUUCAAGCCCGUCCCAAGUGGUCAUUAUCGAGUUUGUGUUAAAGAAGAAAUUAACCCAAAUGCACCUCUGCCAUGUCCUGAAGGGGAGAUAAGAUUCAUUUGUCAAACUUUAAAUUAUUAUUUAAUAUGGCCUUCUCACUUGGUUUUUCCUAUAAAGAAGGCUGAUAAGCAAGUCACUAAAGAAAUCGCUGCACCAUCUCCACACUUGCUAUCAUCACAAUCAUCAUGCACUCAAAAGUACACAAUAACUCAUGCUGAUAAGUUGAAGUUGACUUCUAAUUUGGUUCGAGUAUUUAAGGAUGUGGCUAUUGCAAUGAAAACGAGCGAAAUCUUUUACAGUUUUGGCUAGAGUGUUUCAAAAUGAGCAAUGUAUUACCCUUGAUUAUGAAGACAUGCUUGACUGGUGCUUCCAAAGAGAGAUAAAAUCGUCACACAUGUCAAUUUUAAUGAUGUAAGUGUUGUAUCCUUUGCUAUUUCUAGGUUAAAUUUAUAACGCUUUUUGAUUAAUGAGCUAAUAAAUAUUUGAUAUGCAUGGUAUAUGAGUGAGAUUGUUCAUACAUAAGGUAUCUUAGGGUUGUAUGGAUUUUGUGAUUGCAACUAUCUAUCCCUGUAUGCUCCAACUGUGGAAAAAGACGAUGAUCGAUGUGACUAUCUAACUAGGCUAUUUUCAUGUAAUGAUGCCAAAAACAAAAAUCAGCUCUUCUUUGCCCCGUAUUAUGAGGAUGGACAUUGGAUGUUGGCUGUUAUUUGUCCAUGGGUUGGUUUGGUGCAUUGGCUAGAUCCCGCGGGAGUAAAAGAUGAACCUCCCAAAUUUGCUCAAACAAUAAUCAACAAGGCAAUGAUCAAUUUUAGCGCGGAACAUCGAAAGGAUAUCACAAAAAUAAAGAAGAUACCUUACAUUAAAUGGAUAAGCAUAGAGUGUCCUCGUUAAGCUAAUGGCUCUAGUGAUAGUGGAUAUUACGUUUGUCGCUACAUGAUUGAGACAAUUGAAUCUAGGCAAAUGAUCAUCCCCGACAAGUAUUUUAAGCAAGUUCCUCAUACAUAUUCUCAACAAAUGAUUGACGAGCUUAGAGAAAGGUGGAUUUCAUAUGUUACCGGAUACCAUCAACCAAACGACGACGAUGAUGAUUUAUGUGAAUUGUAGAUCAGUAUGGUAUUGGUAUAUUUUGGGGCAUCAAUUUUUUUUUUUAAUCAACAUUAACUAGAAAGGUUUUUGAUAUUUAACUCACGUAUUUGUUUGUAUAGAACAAAUUUUGUAUGAAUGAUUCUAUUUAAUUGUGAUAUGAAGUAUAUUUUGAUGG